AUGGCAAUCCCAGGCACACCUUACAGGAUGAAUGAGGAAAUAAUAGACACCAGCCAUGAGGAAAAAGGUUUGGGGGUGAUGGUAGAUGAAAAACUCACCAUGAGCUGUCAGUGUGUACUCUCAGCCCAGAAAACUAAUCGAAUCCUGGGCUGCAUCAAAAGGUUUGUGGCCAACAGGUCAAAGAACGUGAUUCUGCCCCUCUGCUCUCCUAAAUUAGGUUUCUAUCAAAACCCAAGGCUAAAGAUUUUCAGAUCCCAAAAUGUCCUUAAAAUCACACCAAAUUAUAAACUGGGCCUUACAGGUUUUUUAAGUACUGGGGACCAAGCUGCAAAAGGCAAUUACGGAUUGCUUGACCAAAUCCAAGCGUUACGUUGGAUUGAAGAAAAUAUUGGAUCUUUUGGAGGAGACCCAAAAAGAGUUACUAUUUUUGGAUCUGGGGCAGGAGCUUCCUGUGUCAGUCUCCUGACACUCUCCCACUAUUCAGAAGGCUUGUUCCAAAAGGCAAUCAUACAGAGUGGAACAGCCCUGUCCAGCUGGGCAGUGAACUAUCAGCCUGCCAAGUACACUCGGAUAUUGGCAGAUAAAGUGGGCUGUGACAUGCUGGAUACCACUGAUUUGGUUGAAUGUCUUCGGAAUAAGAAUUACAAAGAACUCAUUCAACAGACCAUCACUCCAGCCACGUACCAUAUUGCCUUUGGGCCUGUGAUAGAUGGAGAUGUGAUUCCAGAUGACCCUCAGAUUCUCAUGGAGCAAGGGGAAUUCCUUAACUAUGAUAUAAUGCUGGGCGUGAAUCAAGGGGAAGGUUUAAAAUUUGUGGAUGGCAUUGUCGACAAUGAAGAUGGUGUUUCCCCCAAUGAUUUUGACUUUUCUGUCUCCAAUUUUGUGGACAAUCUGUAUGGUUAUCCAGAAGGGAAGGAUACACUGCGAGAGACCAUUAAAUUCAUGUACACCGACUGGGCAGACAAAGAAAACCCUGAAACGAGACGGAAGACCCUGGUUGCUCUUUUCACAGACCACCAGUGGGUUGCUCCAGCUGUUGCUACUGCUGACCUGCAUGCCCAGUAUGGAUCUCCAACGUAUUUCUAUGCAUUUUAUCACCAUUGCCAAAGUGAAAUGAAACCCAGCUGGGCUGAUUCAGCUCAUGGUGAUGAAGUCCCUUACGUGUUUGGGAUUCCUAUGAUUGGUCCCACAGAACUGUUCAACUGCAACUUUUCCAAGAAUGAUGUCAUGCUCAGUGCAGUGGUUAUGACAUACUGGACUAACUUUGCCAAAACUGGAGAUCCAAACCAGCCUGUUCCACAGGAUACAAAGUUCAUCCACACAAAACCCAACCGCUUUGAAGAAGUGGCCUGGUCCAAAUACAAUCCUAAAGACCAACUUUAUCUGCACAUUGGCCUGAAACCCCGAGUUCGUGAUCACUACAGAGCAACAAAGGUUGCUUUCUGGUUGGAGUUAGUACCACACCUUCACAACCUGAAUGAAAUCUUUCAGUAUGUUUCUACAACAACUAAAGUCCCCCCUCCCGACAUGACCUCGUUUCCUUACGUGACGAGACGUUCUCCUGGAAAAUUGUGGCCAGCCACUAAACGCCCAGCGAUGACACCUGCCAACAAUCCCAAACAUUCAAAAGACACUCAUAAAACAGCUCCAGAGGAUACGACAGUUCUGAUAGAAAACAAGCGAGAUUACUCCACAGAGCUGAGUGUCACCAUUGCUGUGGGAGCAUCUCUGCUGUUCCUCAAUAUUUUAGCUUUUGCUGCAUUAUAUUACAAGAAGGACAAGCGGCGUCACGAGACUCACAGACGCCCGAGCCCUCAGAGGAACACAACCAAUGAUAUAGCACACAUACAAAACGAAGAGAUCAUGUCAUUGCAGAUGAAACAGCUAGAACAUGACCACGAGUGUGAAUCACUGCAGGCUCACGACACACUGAGACUAACCUGUCCACCUGACUACACCCUUACUUUGAGAAGGUCCCCAGAUGACAUCCCUCUAAUGACACCCAACACCAUAACCAUGAUUCCAAAUACAUUAACAGGAAUGCAGCCUUUGCAUACUUUCAACACCUUCAGUGGAGGACAAAACAGUACAAAUUUGCCCCAUGGACAUUCAACCACUAGAGUAUAGCUCAGCCCUUCCCUGUCUGCCCUCACAAGCCACUUGGAAGAAAGAAAAAAAAAAGGAAAAAAAAAGAGAAAAAAAAAAAGAAGAGGAAAACGUUAUAAUACCAUCUAUUGAACACCUUGUCAAAAUCUAAAGUAAAAAUAUCUAAAAGAGAAGGACAGUUAUUAUUUUCUUACUGAUCCUUCCCACAGAAACUCACUGAUAUUUAAGAUCAACUACAAACCCUGUGAAAUGUGAAAAGUGUACAUUGCUGUUGCGAUACUGCUUUAAGAUCUCAGCCACUUUGAUUGAAAGUUGAGGCCAGAAGAAGUCAUUUAAAAUGUGUUUUGAGUGUAACAAGCAAAGCAGAGUCUUCUGGAACACA